CACACGCGACGCGACGGUAUUCACGCGCGCACGCGCGCGCGCGCGCCACGACGGUAGGCACCCACAGCGGUGCGCGACGGUGCGCGCGGUUACAACGUCCGAGAUUGUGUUGGUGAUUAAUCAAAAAAAGGCCGUUCGCGAAAAUGGCCGAUGGACGCGAGCCACGGUUGUUUUCCACGCGGAGCCUCUACCAGUUGUGCGUGGCCGCGGUGGUCGACAGGUUCAGCACCUACAAGCCGUACCUCGUCGAUCUACCCAAGAGCGUGCGGUUCGAUAUCUACUAUCAGCUGUACAGAGAGAGGAGACUAUGUAUAUUGGGGACGGAAUUGAGCAAUCUGGAGACUUUCUCCAAGAUGCUCAAGGUCACCAAUCGCCGACUGCACCUCCUGAGAAUAUUCCAGGCCCCGAUGGAUCAUAAGAUAAAGAUAUCACGGCAGCUGGUCAUCAGUUACAACAUGUGCUACUUUCAAGCGAAAGACAGUCCCUCGCCUCAGGACAAACUGAUAAAUCUAGGCUUGAGACUCGGCGGGUUUCUCAGUGACGCCGGCUGGUACUCUGAGAGCAAGGAGGUGCUGUUCUCCUGCAAGCAACUAUGUCUGGCUCACAAUCAGAGCCCCAAGGAUUGGUGCAGAACGUUGGAUUGUUGUCACAAGCUGUUACAUGCCCAAGCGGCGUACUGCGACUUCGCCGGAGCUAAGGAGACUUACAUCCUUGCCAUGGAGAUGAUAGAAAAGUUAAAGAGCAAGCAGUACAAUAAUAGCAAUCACGCUGCCCUUUUUGCAGAGUUCAGUGUACUAUACUAUAUACGCAGUGAAUACAACGAAGCUUACAGAUGGAGCAUAGAAGCGUUAAGGCAAUUGAAACCGUCGCUUCCCGCGGGGAUCAUCGUCGACGUCCUGAGACAGGCGGCGAAGUCGUGCGUGGUGAAGCGAGAGUUCCAGAAAGCUGGUUUACUGAUCAAGGAGGCCGUAUACCUCGCGAGGGAAGUAUUCGAUACGGAUCAUCCAAAGUAUAGCGAUGUUCUCAUCGAUUACGGAUUUUUCUUACUAAACUUCGAUAGCAUCAGCAAUAGUGUAACUGUAUACAAGACUGCGUUAGAUAUUAGAAGAACGAUUUUCGGCAGGACUAAUCUUCAUGUUGCCCUGGCACACGAAGACUUAGCUUACGCUCUCUACGUACACGAAUAUAGCUCUGGCAGAUUUGACGAUGCAAGCGAUCACGCUGGAGUAGCUAUAGAUAUCAUGGAGAGACAUUUACCCCCGAAUCAUUUGAUGCUCGCAAGUGCUAGGAGAAUAAAGGCACUUAUCCUUGAAGAGAUCGCUAUAGAUAACGCUUCCACGCCAUUGUCGGAGCAGAAUCUCUUGCUAAAGUCCGAGUGUCUUCACCUGUCUGCUUUGGAGAUGUCGAAAACCGCGUUUGGCGAAAGGAACGUACAAACGGCAAAGCACUACGGGAACUUGGGCCGCUUAUACCAGAGUAUGAGGAAGUUUCAGGAAGCGGAAGCGAUGCAUCUGAAAGCUAUUGAUAUUAAAGAAGAAUUAUUAGGACUUGAUGAUUACGAAGUAGGUUUGAGUAUAGGGCAUUUAGCUUCGUUAUACAAUUUCCAUAUGAACCGGUACAGAGAUGCCGAAAAGCUUUACCAUCGUAGUAUCGCAAUCAGCUUGAAGUUAUUCGGAAAAGGUUAUAGUGGUUUAGAAUACGAUUAUCGAGGACUUUUACAUGUGUACAAUAAGUUAGACGAUUACGAAAAGAUAUCGGAGUACACGGACAUAUUGAAUCAUUGGAAGGAGCUUAGAGACAAACACGCUCAAUCUGAGGAACCACCGAUCGAUGUACAAAAACGUCCACAGCCAAUCGCAAACGUAAUGAAUGUGUUCUUUUCCAUGUGAUAUAUCAAUAAGUGUGUCUAAUUCAAAUUUUAUGUCAUUGUAUGUUAUCGAGCAACUUGCUGAUUAAAAGACAUUUUUGGGCCAAAGUAGGAAAAAGGAAAAAAAACAGUUGUAACUCGCAUUAGGAAUUUUUAAAUCACUGAUCUGGUCGUACGAGUAAAUAAUUCUGUCUUACGUUGAUAUUUUACAACACGUGCGUAGCGUCACUAUCACAAAGAGUUAAUUUAUAUAUCAAUGCGGUAUCAGUUCAAAUUUAUGCAAAAUAUUAAUUUAUAAAUUAUUUUUAUUAGUCACGAUGCUGCAAUAUAAACAUUGAGGGCUUUUUUUUUAGCUUGAGUUGCCGUGCUUGUGUUGAAUUAUAUUAGACUCAAUGUUUAUCCAUUCGUUUUAUCUCGAUGUAUUGAAAAUUCUUACGUAUAAAAAAUAUAUCUUUUUUAAAUAUUUUGUAUUUAUAUAUAUAUAUAUAUCAUUUUAAUAUAAAUUUGCCAAUGUUUUAAUCUGAUGUGUAUAUAUGUUUUAUACUUUACGAUUCGCUAUUCGUUGACGGCUCCAAUUUUUAAAGAGAGUUGCUCAGGUUUUCAUAUAAAAUAUAUAUUUUGUUUUGUUACGAUUGCUUAUCGAACGCAUUUAUAAUAUGUUUAAUUCACUGUUCAUCUCAAGAUUACAAUGAUCGUAGGUUCUCACGCAUCGCAUAAUUUUUAAGUAACAAAAAAAAUAUUCGAAAUACAUGCGCCUGUGUUUAUAACAGUAAUGUAGUUAAAGAGAUAGGUAUUAAAGCUAUUAAAACUCGGUGAACAAUUUGUUGAACGGA